GGAGGGAGAGAUAUAGAGAGAUGUUUGUGUGAGAAAGAGAUGGAGAGAGAGAGAGCGUGGGAGAGAGAGGAAGAGAGGUGGAGUGAAGAGCAGGGAGGCGACUGAGUGACUUGCCCUAGCUGACCGUGUUGUGAAACACAGCUGUGAAAUUCUACCAGAGCUUCUAAAUGAAAAUUACCAGAUUCUGACGCCAAUUUAUUGUUUUAUCCUUAAUGAGGAGAAUGGAGACUUGGACAGAUGCACUGACAGGCUUAUACAAUUCCUGUUUAACGGCACCCUGUAGAGGCCACGAUAGCCCACCUCUGCCAGAGACCGCUCCGGAGAGGCCUCCGCUGCCCCUGCUCUACACAGAGUUCCAGUUCUACAAGCGGCGUCAUGGGUUUCGACACACCCCGGUGGCACAGGAGGGUCAUCACAGUGUGGAGUGGAACAGAGGAGCCAUUACAGACAGAGGACAGAAUGGCGUUGCUCACCAGGUGGUCAAAAGGGAGCAGAGGUCAAAUCAAUACAGCCAUCAUCAGAACAACAAUGUCCUCUCAAGGUCUGAGGCUCCAUGCAUCCGCCAGCUGUUUGAGAAGAGCAGUCCCAGGGUGCAGUGCAGGGGACAGGCUCUGAGCGGGUGGAGCACAGAGGAGUGGACGCAUGGCUCUGAGGGCUAUCUCAGCGUGGAGAUGGAUUCACACGUUACCCCCACCCGUACGGGCCGCUCCAGGGUGGAAACGCCCGACUCGGAGUCCGAGUACUUCACCCCCAGAGUGACCCCACAGGCCCUCAGGAGGCAGGACGCGUCCCCCAGCCAACAGCGCCGCCUCUGGGCCAGAUUUGGCCCACAGGCCCCUCUCCUGGACCCAGCCCAGGGGUUCUACUACCACACCCUCCCAGUGCCGCGCUGCAAAACGCUGGUCCCCAAGCCCAGCAGGUUAUGCAUUUCCCCCCAGGGGCUUAAGAUUUCUGUGGUGGAGAAACCCAUGUCUAUGAGAGCCACCAUAACUCCAACCUCUCCUCCUAACGCAAGCCCACCGAGCCAGCAUCACUUCCAUCCCAUUCAGCACCAUAUGAAAAUGCAGCCCUCUAACACACAUCCACUGACCCACUGGCAGCAGAGCCAAGGUGGUUCUGGUCCGCAGCAAACCCAGAGAUUUGUCCAUCAGCCUGCACCGGUCAAGCCACACCGUUACCUGCAGUCCGGUACCAUUAUGAAUGAGCACACCCAAUCAGAACACAGAGACAAGGCCAUGGUGGGAAACGCAGGUAGCUCAGCUGGACCAAACAGUCAGGUGGAUGUGAAGACAAAUGUGUUUGGUCAGCCGCUGCUGUCUGCCAUGCGCAGGACGGGUCAGUCUCCCCUGCUGACCCGUAGAACCCAAGUCGAAGAGGACCUCAGAAAACUGCUAGUUGUGGGUGAUACGGUUGAUCACGGUAAAGUUACAAACAUAGACGGAACGUUAUCGUCUCUACAGAACAUAGACGGAACGUUAGAUCAGUAUCCUGGAGACUCAGCAGAUGUUCCCCACAGUCCUACUAUGGCCCAGCCGCAGGGUUCUCCAGCACGUGCACACAGCAGGGCUUCAGCACAGCUCAACAGGAACGGAUUUGGGUCAGUGUCUGAGCUCAGUGACACUUCAGUCUGGAACAUGAAACCCUUUAGGGAGACGCACAGCCCGGUCCCUCCGCCAGGCACGCUGGUCCCUCCGUCAGUGAAGGAUAAAAUGGCUUCGAUUUGUACGACGAGCGAGUAUCAAGAAAUGGGGACAGUACCGGAGAGCAACUCAGUGAGCCAGGGUCCCCCUGAGAUGCUUCUGGAAGACUCCACCAUGCAGCAGGGUGAGGACUCGGGAGAGCUCGCCAGGCAACUCUACUAUCUGGAGACAAUACUAGGGGAGCUCAAGAGUGACCUGAACAAGGAGAGGAGGGAUAAGCUGGUGCUCCUGGCGGAGGUGGAGAGUCUGCGCAAGAACAACCACCACCUGCUGGAGGAGUCGCUGUUCGCCUACGAGGAGCUGCACAAACUCAAGAGCAUGUUCAGCGUCGCGCCCAGCGACGUCCAAUGAGAAGAGGCCCUCAGAGAGGCAGGCCCGACGACGUCCAAUGAGAAGAGGCCCUCAGAGAGGCAGGCCUGGCGACGUCCAAUGAGAAGAGGCCCUCAGAGAGGCAGGCCCGGGGACGUCCAAUGAGAAGAGGCCCUCAGAGAGGCCAGAUAGCGCAGCGGAACAUUCCCAUGGACCUAUCUGAAGCGUGUGUGUUUAUAUGUGUGUGUGCUUCAUUUCUGUAAUAUUACUGACAAAUAGGUCUGUUGUUUAGUCGGUCACAUGAUAUAAAAUGGAACUUGAGGUAUAUUCCAUUAACCACAGGGACACGGGUAACAUAUCAAAAACAUGUUUCUUUUAUUGCUCCAGUAAUGCAGAUCAUUUAAGGGUAGUCUGUACUAUGUAUAGACAAAUAAUCUUCUGAUAAAACAGCCAAUCAUAAGUAGAACAGUCUCCAUUGGUUUCCAUUAUAACCUAAAAAACUAAAAAAGUCUUGGCGGUAAAAAAAACUACUUUGUGAAGUUAAAGGAGAUGCAAUAGCCCUGUUGACUUCUACUAACACAUGAAACAGAAUUGCUCGGGAUGAGGAAGGAACCUUUGCCUUAAUUUUAAAUAUGAAUGUAGAAAACAUGUAUAAAUAGGUAAUAAAUAAAUACAAACCAUGUAUCACACCACAUCAUGGAAACAUUCAA